UCCGAGUGCGCCGUCGCACUAUUAAUAUUAUGAAAUAACUGAUUCAGUGAGGCUUGUAGAUCUGAUAUGAUGUACUGUGUUUUGUGAGCUAUAACUACAUUGUUUAAGAUACAUAAUGGAGUACUCAAAUUACCGCCAGUUUGCAUACACCCUAAACAUAUCUGUACAUGUACUGAACAUUAUAUAUUUAUGCGUUCAAUUGUCUCCGUUACUUUAUCGACCAGAAUUUAAGAUAUUAGCCAACGUGCAACCAAGGUUUUUCACAUGUUGGACUUUUCUUUGCCAGAUAUUACAUGCUGCAGUAGGACUACAUUGUGAGAAGUUACUGAGACAGAACAGACAUAGAGACGACUACAAACUACCACAGAAGCUGAGAGAUUUUCGGGACAUAUUAUUUGCAAGCUUUGUUUGGCCUUCAACAUGGGUGACGCUUAUAGUAUUUUGGACUCUAUGCACUUACGAUAAAAGUCUAGUUUUCCCCUUCUACACUGACAAAUUUGUGAACCCGGUAUCGAACCAUAUAAUGCACACCUUUAUCGUGCCUAUGGCCUUCUUGGAAGUUAUUUACCAGAGAAGAAGAACCCCUAUUUCUCAUAAGGAGAACCUGUACUAUCUUCUGUUCUUUUACAUGCUGUAUUUCUUUGUGAUAAUUUACACUUACUUCGAGAGAGGUCUUUGGUUGUACCCAAUAUUUGAAAAACUGUAUGGCACAAUAUACUUCCCCCUCCUGCUCGUCGUAAUAUACGGUAUAGCAAUAGCAGCUUAUUUCCUUCAAUGGCCGUUGACAGAAUACUUAUGGCGAGAACCGAAGAAAAUAACAUAAUUUAAUAGAAUAAAUUGUAUUUUAAGA